UGUUUGAGCACUUCCGGGGUUGGGUGCAGGGAUAAGGGGUUAGGGGGGAAGGAGGACCGAAAGCAGCGCCGCGGUUCGGUUCGGUUCUGUCGGAUAGUGAGAGCGAGACCAGUAAAGAAGGUGCAGAAGGUCGGAGGAGAAGCUGUGCAGCGGACACAAUGAAUUUCUUCAGGGGUGUGAUGGGGGGACAGAGCGGCGGGACGCAGCCUUCCGGUGUGGAGACUAUCCAGAAGCUGUGUGACCGCGUGGCCUCGUCUACACUGCUGGAGGACCGCAGAGACGCUGUCCGAGCGCUCAAGUCCCUCUCAAAGAAGUACCGCAUGGAGGUGGGGACGCAGGCGAUGGAGCAUCUGAUCCGUAUAUUACAGUCGGACAGGUCUGACUCGGAGAUCCUGGGUUACGCCCUGGACACGCUCUACAACAUCAUCUGUAACGAAGAGGAAGAGGAACAAGAUGAAUCCGAAGAUGAUGGACAGAGGAGACAGGAGGAUGAUGAUGAUGGGGUUCAGUUUGCUGAUAAGUUCAUUCAGGAUCAGGAGAACGUCACACUGCUGCUCUCUCUGCUUGAGGAGUUUGAUUUCCAUGUGCGGUGGCCUGGUGUGAAGCUCCUGACGGCUCUGUUGAAGUGUCAGUGUGCUCAGGUUCAGGGCAUCGUCCUCAUCAGCCCUAUGGGCGUGUCCAGGUUGAUGGAUUUGCUUGCUGAUUCCAGAGAAGUGAUCCGUAACGAUGGUCUCCUCCUGCUGCAGCAGCUAACUAAAGGAAAUGCUGCCAUCCAGAAGAUCGUGGCAUUCGAGAACGCUUUCGAGAGACUGCUGGACAUCAUUACUGAGGAGGGGACGAGCGACGGAGGCAUCGUGGUGGAGGACUGCCUGCUCCUGUUGCUGAACCUCCUGAAGAACAACAGCUCCAAUCAGAACUUCUUUAAGGAGGGUUCAUUUAUCCAGAGGAUGAAACAGUGGUUCCAGCUGGGGGAGGAGAGUGGGGGGGGCUGGUCUGCUCAGAAAGUCACCAACCUACACCUCAUGCUGCAGCUGGUGCGUGUGAUGGUGUCUCCAGUGAAUUCUCCCGGAGCCACAGCGAGCUGUCAAAAGUCCAUGUUUCAGUGUGGUCUGUUACAGCAGCUCUGUACCAUACUGAUGGCUACUGGUGUUCCUGCUGAUAUCCUCACUGAGACGAUCAACACCGUGUCUGAGGUCAUCCGUGGCUCACAGGUCAACCAGGAUUACUUCGCCUCUGUAAACGCUCCAUCCAAUCCACCACGGCCUGCAAUCGUAGUGUUGUUGAUGUCGAUGGUGAAUGAGCGUCAGCCCUUCGUCCUGCGCUGUGCCGUUCUCUACUGCUUCCAAUGUUUCCUCUACAAGAACCACAAAGGACAGGCUGAAAUCGUGUCCACUCUACUGCCCUCUACUAUAGAUGCUCAGUCGAUCUCGGCUGGUCAGUUGCUGUGUGGAGGUCUGUUCUCGACAGACUCUCUCUCUAACUGGUGUGCGUCAGUAGCGUUAGCGCACGCUUUACACGAUAACUCCAACCAGAAGGAGCAGCUGCUGAGAGUUCAACUGGCCACCAGUCUGGGAAAACCUCCCAUCUCUCUACUGCAGCAAUGUACCAACAUCCUGUCUCAGGGCAGUAAGGUGCAGACGAGGGUGGGUCUCCUCAUGCUGCUGUGUACGUGGAUAAGUAACUGCCCUAUUGCUGUUACACACUUCCUCCACAACCAGGAGAACGUUCCCUUUCUGACUGCUCAGAUCUCGGAGAACCUGGGCGAGGAUGAGAGGCUGGUGCAGGGUCUGUGUGCUCUCCUACUGGGAAUCUGCAUCUACUACAACGACAACUCGCUGGAAAACUACACCAAAGAGAAGCUGAAGCAGCUGAUUGAGAAGAGAAUCGGGAAGGAGAACUUUGUGGAAAAGCUCGGCUUUAUCACCAAACACGAGCUGUACUCUCGCGCCGCUCAGAAACCUCAGCCCAGCUUCUCCACGCCCGAGCACAUGCUGUUUGACCACGAGUUCACCAAACUGGUCAAAGAACUGGAGGGUGUGAUAACGAAGGCUGUACACAAGUCCAGUGAGGAGGAGAAGAAGGAGGAGGAGGUGAAGAAAACGCUGGAGCAGCACGACAGCAUCGUCACUCAGUACAAAGAGCUGAUCAGAGAUCAGGAUGCUCAGCUGACCGAGUUGAAGGAGCAGGUGCAGCUGUUGACACGUCAGAAAGAGCAGAUGGACAUCACCAUCACACAGCAACUAUCUCAGAUCCAACAACACAAAGACCAGUACAACAUCCUUAAACUUAAACUGGGCAAAGACGGUGCAGGGUCUCAGGGUGAUGUUCAGGUAAAUGGUGUUCAGGUAGAGGAGCUCACUGCCCUCAGAGUGGAGCUGGAGGAGUUACGCACACAACACACACUGCUGCAGACACAACUCACUGAGAAGGACACACUCAUCACCAGCCUGAAAUCAGAAGUAGCUCAGACAUCAGAAGGAUCAGCACCUGCAUCAGACAACACAAAACUACUAAAGGAAGUAGAGGCCCUGCGAGUGCAAGUUCAGAGUCAGCAGGCUGAAAUCUCUCAGCUGCAGAGUGAAAGACACGCGCUGCAGCGGAGAAUCCAAACCACAUCGGGUUCUGGCAGUGAAGCAGAAAUAGUGAAACUCAGUGAGCUGGAGCAGAGAUUAUCCACACAGACAGCAGAAACACAUCGACUGCAGGAGGAGGUCCGGUCUCACUCGGAGAGCAGGGCACAGUUGGAGAAGGAGUUAGCAGAGGCUAACAGCACGGUAGCGAUCCUGCAGACAGAGAAAUCUAAACUGCAGCAGGAAGUGAGCGAGUCGAAAAAGGAGCAGGACGACCUGCUGGUGCUCCUCGCAGAUCAGGACCAGAAGAUCUUCUCCCUGAAACAGAGACUUAAAAACCUCGGAGAGACGAUUGAGGAUGAGGAUGAUCUGGAUGCCAGGGACCAGUCUGAUGAAGAUGAUGAUGAAGAAGAUGAAGAAGAUGAUGGAGAGACUGAGUAGAUUUCAGGGAAAUAAAGAAGUUUUAAUCCCGACACUAAUGAGAUGAGCUCCAACUUCUUGCCGCAGAAUCCUGUUAAUUUUUAUCUUUUAUCUGUUGACUUUCUGUUAGCGAUGUCGCUUCACCGCCAUGUUGGUUCGUUUUUUUUCUUAGAACAAUGUUUAAUGAAACGGCUCAUUAAAAAAGCUAAUGUGGCUAACAGUGACUGGAAUCUAAUAGCUACCAAAUAGCAUGCUACCUGCUGAGUAUUUCCUUUAUUUUUUUUUAAUUCAUUCACUUAAUCAUUGUUAGCGGAGAAUAGUUCCACGAAGCUGGUGCUGCUAACGAGUAGCGUAGCCACCAAUCAGGAAAUGCUGCUAUCUGCCCUUUUUCAUUCACUCAUUAGCAACAUUAGCAGUUUCAAAUCAAUCAAAUAUAAUUCGGAUAAAUAACAAAUAUCUUACUACUUUAUAAUUGCUAAGUGCUAGCAAUUGUACAUUAGCAUAAAUUAAUUUGCAUAUUUGCAUUCGUUCAUUGCUAGCAACGUUACCAUUUGGAGCUAAACUAAAUAUAUUUAAAUUGACAUCCAGUUAAAUGAUGCUAAUGUUGCUAUCAGUGAAGGUUCCAGUGUCAGGCGUGAGGUUGCUGUAAUUGUGAGCUGAAAGCACGCUGGAGCUUCCCCGUGUAUUUGUACAUUUGGAGAACAGAAACUCGUCUGUAAGAUACGUACAGAAAAUUGAACUGUGAAUAAAUUAGAGUUCUGUUUAAAUGCUAAUGUUGCUAACAAUAAAUAUGUGUUUAACCCACUGAUCAGCAA